UUUUUAAAAUUUGCUAAGUGUCAGGAACAAUGCUGAACUAAUAUAUAUAUUUUCAUAAUCAGACAUAAUGACAGAGGAAUCUGCUGUCAAAGUUUGCGUGAGGGUCCGACCUCUCAUACAAAGAGAGGAGGCUGCAGCGGAAAAUGCGGAGCCUGUACAGCUCUACUGGAGAGCUGACAAACAAACCAUCCAUCAGGUUGAUGAUGGAAACCCCACAAAAAGUUUCAGCUUUGACAGAGUCUUUAGUGCAGAGGAAAGCACCAACCAGUUGUACCAGGACAUUGCAAAGUCAUUAGUGGUCUCCACUGUUGAGGGUUAUAAUGGAACCAUAUUUGCAUAUGGCCAGACUUCAUCAGGGAAGACUUUCACGAUGAUGGGGAGCAGCCGUACCCCAGGCGUUAUCCCACUGGCUAUGGAGGAUGUCUUCCAGACCAUCAAAAAUUGCCCCAAGAAGGAGUUUCUUCUCCGAGUGAGUUACAUGGAAAUCUAUAAUGAGACCGUCACUGACCUGUUGUGUGACAGCUGGAAGAGGAAGCCAUUAGAGAUCCGUGAGGGCAACUAUAAAAAUGUCUACGUGGCUGAUCUUACGGAGGAGCUGGUGACGUCGCCUGAGCAAGCACUGGCCUGGAUCCGGAAAGGAGAAAAGAAUCGCCAUUAUGGAAAGACCAAGAUGAAUGAGCGAAGCAGUCGUUCUCACACCAUCUUCCGUAUGAUCCUUGAAAGUCGAGAGCGGAGUGAUCCAGCCUCAGGAGAAAUCUCUGAUGGAGCUAUCAUUGUGUCCCACCUGAAUCUGGUGGAUCUGGCAGGGGCUGAGCGAGCAAGUCAGACAGGAGCAGAGGGAACUCGCUUCAAAGAGGGAUGCAACAUCAACCGGAGUCUCUUCACUCUGGGUCAAGUCAUCAAGAAGUUGUCAGAUGAAAAUCAGAAGGGCUUCACCAACUACAGAGACAGCAAGCUGACACGUAUUCUGCAGAACUCGCUUGGGGGCAAUGCCAAAACGGUCAUUGUGUGUACAAUCACCCCAGCUGUACAGGACGAGACCCUCAGCACACUGCAGUUUGCAAGUGCAGCGAAACGCAUGAAGAAUGAUCCACAUGUAACCGAGGUGUCUGACGACGGUGCUCUGUUGAGACGCUACAGAAAUGAGAUCAAUGAGCUCAAACAACGUCUGCAGGAGGUUUCCUCGGUGACCAAGACGACGGUGACCGAGAAGCAGACCCUGUGCCAGCUGUUGCAGGAGAAGGAGCAGCUUCAGAGGGAGCAGGAGGACCGUAUCCGCAACCUCACCAAACUGCUCGUCACCUCCAAUGUUGUCACAGUCAAGAAGAUUCCGAAGCGGCGCAUGACAUGGGGUGGUAAGCUGUUGCAGGCCGGCCUCCCUUCUGAUGCACUAGCAGAGACGGACACUGGGUUCAUGGAGCCCUUUGUUAAGCAACGUAGGAUCGACCUUUCAGCUAUAGUCGAACAAGAUGACAUGGAGGAUUUUGAAGGACGUUGGGAAAUUCCUUUAGAACGGACUUUCGACAUGGAUCUGAAUCAGAGCAGUGUGACCACGCGCAAUUCUUCAGAAAGUGACUAUUGUUCCCCAAGGGUUUCUGAAAUUAAAGGAAGGCUGGUCAACCUGGAGGAGCAGCUGGAGAGGGAGACGCAGCUUAGGCAGGAGAUGCAGCAACAAUUAGAGAAGGAGGCGCAAGAAAAACAGGAGUUGCACCUUCAACUCGAGAACGAGGCACAGGAGAAGCAGGAAUUACACCUUCAGCUCGAGAAGGUGAUGCAGGGAAAACCGGAGCUGAACAUUCAACUGGAGGAGACGGCACAGGAGAAGCAGGAAUUGCACAGUCGGCUCGAGAAGGAGAUGCAGGAGAAGCAGGAAUUGCACCGUCAGCUCGAGGAGGAGAUUCAGGGAAAACAGGAGCUGAACCUUCAACUCGAGAGGGAGAUGCAGGGAAAACAGGAGCUGAACCUUCAACUGGAGAAGGAGACGCAGGAGAAGCAGGAAUUGCACCUUCAGCUCGAGAAGGAGGCACAGGAGAAGCAGGAAUUGCACCUUCAGCUCGAGAAGGAGACGCAGGGCAAACAGGGGCUUCACCUUCAUCACGAUAUGGAGAAGGAGCUGCAGCAUCAGCUUGAGGUGGAGGUACUGCAGAAACAGGAGGCUCUGGAGAGAGCAGCGGAGAUGGAGAAGAAGGUGAUGGAACUGGAGCAGCAACUAGAAGCUACACCCCACAACACCUCCAACUACAACAGUGAGCAGUUCAAGAGCGACCUGGGAGAGUCCAUCCAACUGUGUGAAGCUCUGAGCUUUGAGAGAGAAAGGCUGGAGGCUGAGCGGGACGCCCUCCAGAAGGAGCUCCAGGUGUGUGGUGAGGAGGUGGCACGCCUGAGGAGGGACAGCGAGGCCCUGCAGGAGGAGCUGUUGCAGAGGAGGGAGAUGGACGAGUUCCAGUGUCUGGAGGAGGAGAGCAAGAGGGAGUACGAGCAAGAGCUCCUGGCUGAGAUUGCUACAUUGAAGAAAUCAGCAGAGGACUCCAAUGCCCAGGCUCAGAAGCUUCAGGCGGAGCUGAACACGUUGUCAGACCUGCAGGGUGAUAAGGACCUGGUGCAGGAGGUGAAGCGCUUGCGGCGCUCCCUGGAGGAUGCUGAGUGCCUCAGCCGGGACACUAAAAAGGAGUGGGCCUUCCUGCGCUCAGAUAAUAUCUCUCUCAAAGAAAGAGAUGAUGUGUUAAGUGCAGAACACCAGCGCAUGCAGUCGGAGCUGCACAGUGUGCAGGAACAGCUAGAGGCAGAGAAGAGGCGCUUCAAGAAGAUGCAGAUAGACCUUCAAAAGGAACUGAUGGGGGCUUUUGAUGAAAACACCAAGCUCACCACUCUCCUCGAUGGCAAAGUCCCUAAAAAUCUAGUGGAUGGUGUGAUUCUGGAGCGAACUGUGUCUGAGCUGAAGAAGGAGCUGGAGCAGCACAAGCAGAGUGAAGAAGAGCUCCAGUCUGAGCUUCAGGAGGCCAUGCAGAAGGUGCUGGAGCAGCAGCAACAAGAGCUACUGAAGGCUCAAGAGCAGCAACAGCAGUUUGAAGAGAAACUCCAGCAAAAUCAGGAAAUGUCGAGGGUGGAGCUUCAGCGAGCCCAGGAACAGCUGGAGAAACAGCAGCAGGAACUCCAGAGGGCCCAGGAACAGGAGAACAUGUUGCAGCAGGACCUUCAGAAGGCUCAAGAUCAGUUGCAGCAGGAUCAGGAGCAGCAUCAACAGGAGCUACAGAGUUCCCAGGAGCAGCAUCAACAGGAGCUACAGAGUUCCCAGGAGCAGCAUCAACAGGACGUACAGAGUUCCCAGGAGUGGCAUCAACAGGAGCUUCUGAAAGCUCAUGAGCAUCUACAGGAGGAACUCCAAAAUGCCACUGAGCGGUUGCACCAGGAUCUGAAAAACGCCCAGGAGGAACAAGACAGACUGCAGCUAGAGCUGCAGAAGGCCUUGGAGAAACAUGACUCCUUGCAGCGGGAGCUUCACAACGCUCAAGAGCAUCAGCAGCAUCGGGAGGCAGAGUUCCAGAGGGCCCAACAGCAGCAGGAGGAACUGCAGCAGGAGCUCCAGAAGGCUCAGGAGCAACUACAGGAGCAUCCUGUCUCCCAGGAGCCUGGUGUGGAGAUCUCUGAGGAGCUGGAGAGGCUACGCUCUGAACUAGGUGCCCUCACUGCUCAGAGAGCUGAGCUGCAGGAGAUCCUGGAGGGUGUGAGGGAGGAGAAGAACCAGCUGAAGAGAGACCUGGAGGAAAGUGUGGACAUGUGUGUGCAGACGCAGUCUGAGCUCCAGCAGCUUCAAAGCAGGCAGUCGUGCAGUUCUGGUGCAACAGACGAGCAGCUUCAGCAGCAGAAACAGGAGCUGGAGGAGUUGAGACAAGAGAAGCAGCAACUUCAGGCUGACAUUCAGGAGAAUGUGGACAUGAUGAUUGAGAACCAGACUGAAUUGAGAGAAGCUCUGGAUGAGGUCAGAGAGCUGAAGGGCCAGCUGGUUGCCGCCCGUCUUGCCAGUGCACAGGCCCCACAAGCCACAGAGAACUCCCUGGAGGCCACUGCUGAACUAGACCGCCUGCGUUCUGAGGUGGCCUCUCUGACUGCUGAGCUGGACCAUCUUAAGAGUGUGAGCCAGAGUGAGGGAGGCCAGAAGGCCCAAGAGUUGCAGCAGGAGCUCCACGAGGUUCAAGAGGCACAGCGUCAGAAGGAGGAGGAACUUGAGAGGCUCAGAGAUCAGCUGCAGGAGGAGCUCCAGAAAACUCAAGAGACCCCACCGUCAGAGCUACUCCAGGCACAAGAGCAGCAGCGUCAUUUAGAAGAGAAACUCCAGAGGGCCGAGGAGCUGUUGCAGCAGGAGCUUCGGAGAGGCCAGGACGAGCAGGAGAGGCUGCAGCAGAAACUCCAGACGGCCGAGGAGCAGCAGGAGACGUUGCAGCAGCAGCUUUGUGAGAUCCAGGAGCAGCAGCAGAAAAAGGAGGAGGAGCUCCGUGUACGCAAAGAGCAGAAGGAACAACUGGAGCGAGAACUCCAGGAGAUCCAGGACAUGUUACAGCAACAACUUUGCAAUACCCAGGACCAGCGGCCUCAUCAGGAGGAUCAGGCACCACUGCAGCAGGAGCUUCAUCAGGCACAGCUGGAACAGCAGCAACAGGAGCUCCUGAAGGCCCAGGAGCAACAUCAGCAGGAGCUACUAGGAGCCCAGCAGAAGCAGCAGUGUCUCGAGGAAGAGCUUAGCACCGCUCUAGAACAACAGUUAAACCUUGAGAAAGAUCUGCAGAAAGCUCAAGAGCGGCUGGAACAGUUGCAGCAGGAACUACAGGAGACUCGACAGCAGCACAGCCACGACUCACUGAAAGCCCAAGAGCAGCAACGGUAUUUUGAGCAGGAACUCGAUAAAAACGAGCAACUGUUGCACCAGGAGCUUCAGAGAGCACAGGAACAGCAAGAUCAGCUGCAACAAGAGCUCCUGAAGGCCCAAGAGCAGCUGCAGCAUCACUGCACCCCUCAGGACUCGGAGGAGGCCUCUGGAGAGCUGGAGAGGCUGCGAUCCGACCUGAGCGCCCUCACAGCACAGAGGGCUGAGCUGCAGGAGAUCCUGGAGGGCGUGAGGGAGGAGAAGAACCAGCUGAAGAGAGACCUGGAGGACAACAUGGCUCAGCAGGAACUAGAGGAGCUGAGGCAGGAGAAGAGACAGAUGCAGACAGAUCUUGAGAACAACAUGGCGAAAGCCAGUGAGCUGGAGGCACAGCUGCAGUGUGUGACUGAGGAGAGGCAGCGUCUGCUGGGGGAUAACGAAGUAGCACAGACCCUCCAGAAGGAGGUGGAUCAGCUGCGAUCUGAAGUCUCGUCCCUCAGUGCAGACAGAGAGCAGAUGCAGGAGAGACUGAGGGAGGACGAGAAGAGGCACUCUGAGGAGCUGCAGGAGCUCAGCCUACAGAGAGAGCAGCUCCUCCAGCAGCACAGCACAGCUGCAGUGGAGAGCACUGAGGAACUGGAGAGGCUGCGCUCAGAGGUCAGCGCCCUCACCACCCAGAGAGCCGAGCUGCAGGAGAUCCUGGAGGCCGUCAGGGAGGAGAGGAGCCGGCUCAAGAGAGACCUGGAGGAGAAUGGGGGCAUGGCUCAGCAGCAACAGAACGAGUUGGAGGAGAUCAGACUGGAGAAGAUUCAACUACAGACAGAUCUGCAGAACAACAUGGAAAGAGCCAUUGAGCUGGAGGCACAGCUGCAGUGUGUGACUGAGGAGAGGCAGCGUCUGCUGGGGGAUAACGAAGUAGCACAGACCCUCCAGCAGGAGGUGGAUCAGCUGCGAUCUGAAGUCUCGUCCCUCAGUGCAGACAGAGAGCAGCUGCAGGAGAGACUGAGGGAGGACGAGAAGAGGCACUCUGAGGAGCUGCAGGAGCUCAGCCUACAGAGAGAGCAGCUCCUCCAGCAGCACAGCACAGCUGCAGUGGAGAGCACUGAGCAACUGGAGAGGCUGCGCUCAGAGGUCGGCGCCCUCACCACCCAGAGAGCCGAGCUGCAGGAGAUCCUGGAGGCCGUCAGGGAGGAGAGGAGCCGGCUCAAGAUGGACCUGGAGGAGAAUGGGGGCAUGGCCCAACAGCAGCUGAAUGAACUGGAGGAGAUCAGACUAGAGAAGAGGCAACUACAGACAGAUCUGCAGAACAACAUGGAAAGAACUAAUGAGCUCCAGGCACAGCUGCAGUGUGUGACUGAGGAGAGGCAGCGUCUGCUGGGGGAUAACGAAGUAGCACAGACCCUCCAGAAGGAGGUGGAUCAGCUGCGAUCUGAAGUCUCGUCCCUCAGUGCAGACAGAGAGCAGCUGCAGGAGAGACUGAGGGAGGACGAGAAGAGGCACUCUGAGGAGCUGCAGGAGCUCAGCCUACAGAGAGAGCAGCUCCUCCAGCAGCACAGCACAGCUGCAGUGGAGAGCACUGAGCAACUGGAGAGGCUGCGCUCAGAGGUCAGCGCCCUCACCACCCAGAGAGCCGAGCUGCAGGAGAUCCUGGAGGCCGUCAGGGAGGAGAGGAGCCGGCUCAAGAUGGACCUGGAGGAGAAUGUCGACGUGGUGCAGCGUUUGAAGGCUCAGAGGACCAGCUAUCCUGAACACUCAGACCUGGUGGUGCAAGAAAAUCAAUCCCAGCAGAAAUUGCAGGCGUGGUCCUUGCGAAUCCAGCGUCUGGCCGAUCAGCUUUCUCAGAAACUGCGAAAGCGCUGGACAACGGAGCUACUGGCCUCUGCCGAGCACACCGAGAGAGGACUGACCAAACAGCUGCUGUCCCACACGCCACAUCUGGAGCCCCUGACCACUAGCCUCAAGAAGAGCACACUACAGUUGCAGGACCUGCUUUGGACACGACUGGCUUCUCUCCAGAAGCUGGCGGUGGCUUAUAGGGGCCACUAUGAGACCCUGUGGCAGCAGGAGGCCUCUGCUGUGGACCAGAGUGGCCUGAUGGCUCAGGCCCAGAAGAGCGCCUCCGGCCAUCCGUGUCCACCUCAGGAUGUCCUCCUCCGCCUCCUGCUGGAGAGGAGGGAGCUUCACCUACAGGAGAUGGCGUCGGCGGCGCAGCGGUUGGAGGGCGGCGUGGCGGCGCUGGAGGAGGUCCUGAGCGUGGAGCUGCAGCACCGCGUGCAGGCCAACCAGCGGCUGGAGGGGCUGUGCACCCGCGCGCCCACCGAGCCCACCGAGCCCGGCGCCCUGGCGCGCCACCUGCAGCAGGAGACCAGCCGCCGCCACAGCGUGGCCAGCUGUGAGCAAGCCAUCUGCCAGGCCCUGGUCAGUGAGCAGCAGCGUGUGGCCAGCAGUAAGGUGACUCCUGAGCAGUGCCGCCAGAUGGUGGCGCCACUGAGCCUGCUCCAGCCACCGCUCUCAGAGCUCCAGCAGGACAACCAGCAGCUCAACUCCAGGCUGCAGCAGGCCUUCACUCACACUCAGACGGUAGAGAAAAAGCUGCAGCAUCUUCAGGCGGCUCAUGAGCUUUCAUCUCAGCAGUGCAGCAAACAGCAGCUCCAGCUGAAGGAACUGCUGGACAAACUCGCCCACAGUCAGACCCUGGCCCAGAGCAAGAUGACUCCCAGUGCAGUGGAAAUGCAAAAGCUGAAGAAUCGACUGGUGAACAUGGAGAUGGAGAACACUAAUCUGAAUACCAGCCAUCAGCAAGAGCUGGAGAGGCUGACGUCAGUACUCAAAUACAAGGAGGAGUUGAUCCGUAAGCUGAAGGAGGAUUUGAGGAUGAAGCAGCAGGAUGACGAGCAUUCAUAUAUGGAGGAUAAUCGCUCCAAGCACUGUGGCCACCAGGAGGAGAUUCAGCAGCUGCAACAGAAAAUUGCCCAGUUAGAGAGCACUCUGUCCAGCCAGCAGGAGGAGGUCGACCGAUGGAAACGGCGCGCUUACAAGCUGAAGGAGAGCCGCCGUGAGGGGGGUCUACACACACCCACCAAGCAGGGGCGUCCCCCCACCCCCACCAAACACACACGCCCCGUCACCCCCACCAAGCACGCCCUCCCGCACGCCCAGUCCAGGCCGUCGCCCAGCAAGCGUCCGGCGCUCGGCGCGGCCCCGCCGUUGAACUCCCCCCAGCGGCCGCUGCUGGACUCGCCCAAGAGCCUGUUCUUCGACAUGCCGCCCGGGACCCACGGCCCUCCCCUCGCACGCACCAAGGGCUUCUUUGACAACUGUGCCCUGGGGCCGGCCACCGACAGUGAGGAGGACGAAGCCGACCCAUUGACCUCGGAGGGGGCCACAGGAGGAGGCAGCGCAGACAAGAGGGAGGAGUGGUGGCCAAGCGCCCCCAAACAGGGCCAGCAGUGUGAGACCCAGUGAUGAACCGCCGUCCUGUCCUGUCCUGUCCUGUCCUGUCCUGUCCUGUCCUGUCUACUUUUACAUGUCUUGUUUUUAUCUCUGUUUUAAUAAGAAUUGUAUAUACGUUUAAUAAUGCUUUGUGCUUUCUUUUACUGCUGUAUUUAGAAAGAACUUGAUUGUUUUGUAUUAAAGGAAAUUUCACAUUUUA